CCGUAACUGUUUACAAAUAACAUCCGUCAAAGUGUAUACAUGAAAAUACGGUACUGUGUUGGCUACUCAAGGCAUCUAAUUUUAACUGAUUUCUCAGUGGAUAUCGUAAAAAUCCACAUUAAAUUACUUUAACCCAGUGAAAGAUGGAGAACAGAAAGGACUCAUUUAGUAUUAAAGAGGAACCGUUUGAUGAUUGGUCAGGUGUAGGCGACAAUCCUGACGAUCGAGUGGACUCGUGCACAGUCGAAAACUUUGAAAAUCAAUUAACGAUAAAUGAACCAUCGGCCAAUGACAUGAAUGAGUCUAUGCCAUUACAGGAGGGGCUAGACGGGAUAAUUUUGGUGGAUUUCGAUAGCAAAAAUGUAAAAACUGAAGUUGAGUUUUCAUCUACGUCCAUCUGCAAAACUGAGACUCAAAGUUGUCAACCUAUUGUGAAAUUAGAAAACGAAGCUCCGAUCCAUAAUGACGAGUUAUACAUCGAUUUAGAGUGCAGAGAUGUUAAACUUGAAGUAAAACCCUCAUUGACAAACAUCAGUCCAUCUACUGUGAAAACAGAAAAUCAAAAUCGAACAAAUCACUCGAAAGAAAAAAGUUUGAUAAUUUUAAUAAAAAAAGGAUUCGAUUACGUUAAUAACUGUCAAUUUAUCAGUGGAGAAGCAAAUAUGAAACCGACUCACAAGGGCAUUGGAGCACUUGAAUGUAAAAUUUGCAACAGGUCAUUUGCAAACAAACAAAACUUAAAAAAGCACAUAAGUGCAGUACAUAAUCGAAGCAAACCCUAUGCAUGUAACACAUGUCACAAAUCAUUUGGACUAUCAGGUGUCUUCAAACGUCAUGUCAACGCAGUACACAAUCGUAGCAAAACCUUUGAGUGUAAAAUUUGUCUUAAUUCAUUUAGUCAAAAACAUCAUCUCAAAUAUCACAUAAAUUCCGUACACAAUCAUAGCAAACCUUUUGAAUGUGACAUUUGUCACAAAUCAUUUGGGCAAAAAAUCCAUCUCCAACGUCACAUAAAAGCAGUACAUGACCGAAUUAAACCUUUCGAAUGUAGCAUAUGUCAGAAAUCAUUUGGAUAUCAGAAUGUACUGAAAAGACAUAGAGCAACAGCUCAUAAUCUUGGAAAUCCCUUUGAAUGUGAUAUUUGUCACAAAUCAUUUGGACUAUUAGGUGUCCUCAAACGUCAUGUCAACGCAGUACACAAUCGUAGCAAAACCUUUGAGUGUGAUAUUUGUCACAAAUUAUUUAGUCAAAAACAUCAUCUCAAAUAUCACAUAAAUUUCGUACACAAUUAUAGCAAACCUUUUGAAUGUGAUAUUUGUCACAAAUCAUUUAGAUACAAAAGUCAACUCACUACUCACAUGGAGGCAGUUCAUAAACGUGAAAAACCUUUCGAUUGUGAGAUUUGUCAUGAAUCAUUUGGAAACAAGAGUGAUCUUAAAAGGCACAAGAUGACUGUACAUGAUAGAAGAAAUACCUUUGAAUGUGACAUUUGUCACAAAUCAUUUGGAUAUAAGAGUGUCCUCAAUAGACACAUAAAUGCAGUACAUAAUCGGAUCAAACCUUUUGAAUGUGAAAUUUGUCACAAAUUAUUUGGAUACAAAAAUGUACUCAAAAACCAUAUAAUGACGAUACAUAAUGAAAGCCAACCUCAGGAGUGUGAAGUUUAUUCGAUGCAUUUUGGACGCAACGAAGACUUUUGCAAUCAGUCGGCUUACGCUAUGUAAUUUUAGACAAUAUUUCUUAUAAACAAU